AUGGGAGCUGCAGCUUGUAAAAAAGAUGAAAUUGAAAUCAAAAAUCUUUAUUAACUUUAUCUAAGAGUAAGUAAAUAAAAACUACCUGAUCAAAUUGCUAGUGAAUUACUUUCCAUUCGUACAAGAAUUAUUAAAGAUAAAGUACCUAAAGAAUGCUAAUUAAUUUACAAUAUUCUCCUUAAUAAUACAUAAGAUGAAGCUAUUUUUGAAAUUUUAAGACUAUAAUUUUAGUAAGUUCAAAAUCUAAAUUAAGCUGGUCUUAAGAAUGAUAGAUAAUAUUAAGUUUUUUUAAAUAGUUUCAGAUUUUUGAAUCUUUAAGAUUUAAGAAAAUACAUUUAAAUAGAUUUUUACAAAAACAAUAACUUUAUUUCUGAAAUUCUUAACUUAUUUUAUACUAUUGAGCUUUACUGCUAGAAAAUUAGUUUGUUUUUAUCUAGAAUAAGUCCUAAAUAUUACUUGUUCUUUUAUUCUCUUUUAUGGAAAUAGUAUAAACACAAUGUUAAUGUCAUGAAAAAUAUUUAUCAUUUUCAUUUCAUUGAUAAUAAUCAAUUUAAUAAAAUACCUCUUAAUUUUACUUUUUAGUUAUUCAUGUAUAAAAUAUGGGGUAAUAAUAUUCAGCCUUAGUUGAAUAAAAUUUAAAUCGGUUAAUUAUUGCAUGAUAAAACAAAUGAAUAACUUAUAUAAUAUUUUAACGAUUUCAUUGAAAUCUCAAUAAAUGAAUAUCAAUUAAUUUAUUCAGGCAACAUUGGACUUAAAAAUUCAAAAGGUUUUUAAAAUUUUCUUAAUAUUCUUUUCGAAUUAUUAAAUGAAGAAUUUGAUGGAGUAUUUAAUAAAAAUGUUGAAAAAAUUCUAAAUUAUAUAAAGGAGAAUAAAUUUUUAAAUUAGAUAUUAAAUGAAUAAAUAUUGAUUCAUUAUAUAUAUCCAUCAGUUUUUGAAUACAUAGAAACUCAUUUAUCUUAAAUUUUAAAAGAAACAUUUAAAAUCACAAAAAAAUAUUUAUUAGAAUUAAUCGUUGAAGAUAAAGUUUCUAAUAAGACUUUAUCAAAAUUACUAUUAGAAGAAUAUGAUGAAAAUUUAACUAAAUAUUCUCAGAUGUCAUCUUCUCAAUGCAAAACAAAUUAUACAUCAUCUUUAAAAGUAAAUUACUUUUCUGUAUAAAAUUAAGAAGAAACUACAUUUUUUAAUUAUUAAAAUAAUAAAUGGGAACAUUUCUCAAAUAUAUAACAUUAAAAUUGUAUGAAUAUAAUUGAAUUAAGUACAAAAGUAGAUGAAGAAAAAAAAAAAUUAGAGUAAAGAUCUAGUUAAUUCUUUAAGACAUUCAAUACAGAAAAUCUGAAAUAAUAAGAAUUUAUUAUUUCAUACAUCAACAUUAUACUUGAUUAUACCUAUGUAAAUAAAUAGGAAGAAAUAUCAGAAUUAAUACUAUAAUUUAACUUGUUUUAUUGA